CCGUGCCCUCCGGCAGCCCCUGCGCUCACUUCGCAGAGGGGCUGGAAGAGAAAGAAGGCAGCGGCAGGAGGGAGGAGCGCGCCUAGGGCUGCCGAGUAUGGCGAGCAGGCAGAGACAGAGCCGGCAGCCAGCAGCCGGUCGAAUGCUGCUGCCGUCUUUUCUGCUGUGCUGGUGCUGCCAGGCGGCGCCGGACCGGCUCCACUACUCCAUCCCCGAGGAGCUGAACAGAGGCUCCCUGGUGGGACCGCUGGCGAGGGACCUGGGUCUGAGCCCGGAAGAGUUGCCGGCACGCAAGCUGCGGCUGAGCGCAGAAAAGCAAUACUUUACCGUGAGUGGGGAGAACGGGAACCUGUACGUGAGCGAGAGGCUGGACCGGGAGAAGAUGUGCGGCAAGUCGGCGUCCUGCUCUGUCAGCUUCGAGGCGCUGGUGCAGAACCCACUUAAUGUUUUCCAUGUCGAAGUGGCAAUCCAGGACGUGAACGAUAACGCUCCACGGUUUCUCAAGGAAAACAUUCAGUUAGAAAUAAUUGAAUCCGCACCUCCCGGCGCUCGGUUUUACUUGGGAGUUGCUGAGGACGACGACGUGGGCAGUAACUCGCUGCAGAGAUACGAGCUGGAGGACAACGAGUACUUCGCAGUGGAGGUGAAGGAGAGCAAGGACAGACGCAAGUUCGCGGAGCUGGUGCUGCGCCAGGCGCUUGACCGGGAGAGAGAACAGAGCUUGCGGCUGGUGCUAACGGCGGUGGACGGCGGGGACCCGCCCCAGAGCGGCACCGCCCAGCUCUGCAUCAACGUCACGGAUGCAAACGACAACGCCCCCAUGUUCGCUCAGGAGCGGUAUCGAGUGAGCCUGCGGGAGGAUGCACUGCCGGGCUCGACUGUGCUGAACGUAUCCGCCUCUGAUGCCGACGCCGGCAGCAACGCCCGCAUCACGUACGGCUUUGGGAAAAUGCCGCCUAAGGUGCUUCAGAAGUUCAUGGUGGAUGCGAAGAGCGGGAGGAUCACGCUGCAGGAGGCGCUGGACUUCGAGGACACGGGCUCGUUCAGCCUGGCAGUUGAAGCAAAGGACGGGGCCGGUCUCUUGGCUCACUGCGAGGUGGAGGUGGAGGUGCUGGACGUGAACGACAACACGCCCGAAAUCACAGUGCUGUCGGUGUCGAACCCUGUGCCUGAGGACGCGCCGGUGGGCACAGUGGUGGCCCUGCUGAACGUGAAAGACCCGGACUCUGGGGAGAACGGUCAGGUGUGGUGCGAGCUGUCGGGCGAAGCGCCGCUGUCGCUCGUAGCGUUGUCGAGCGGCUCGUACAAGGUGGUGACGGAGAGCGCGCUGGACAGGGAGCAGGCGUCCGAGCACCGGGUGACGGUGGUGGCGAGGGACCGGGGCAGCCCGGCUCUCUCGAGCAGCACGGCGCUGGUGCUGGACGUGUCGGACGUGAACGACAACGCGCCGGUGUUCGAGGAGGCCGCCUAUAGCGCCUACGUGGAGGAGAACAACGCGCCGGGGGCACUGGUGCUGCACGUGAGGGCGCGGGACGCCGACGCGGGGAGCAACGGGCGCGUGAGGUACUCGAUGGAGGGCGGCAGUGCGGGCACGGCGCCGUACGUGUCGGUGGAGGCUCAGAGCGGCGCGGUGUACGCGCAGCGCUCCUUCGACUACGAGCAGUGCCGCGAGUUCGCGGUGGUGGUGCGGGCUCAGGACGGCGGUGAACCUGCUCGGAGUUCGACGGCGACGGUGCGCGUCUUCGUGUUGGACCGCAACGACAACGCUCCGCGGGUGCUGUGGCCGGCGGUGGUGGGUUCGGGGACAAGCCAGACUGCAGUCCCUGCUGCAGCCCCUUUCGAGAUGGUUCCGCGGUCAGCCGAGGCCGGGUACCUGGUGGCCAAGGUGGUGGCAGUGGACGCGGAUGCGGGGCGCAACGCCUGGCUGUCGUACGAGCUGGUGCAGGCUCCCGAGCCGGCGCUGUUCCGUGUGGGGCUGCACAGCGGCGAGGUGCGCACUGCGCGGGCCGUGUCUGACAGGGACGCGGCGAAGCAGCGGCUCGUGGCCGUGGUGAAGGACCACGGGCAGCCGGCGCUGUCGGCCACGGCCACGCUGCACGUGGUACUGGCCGAGAGCUUGCAGGAGGCGCUCCCGGAGCUGAGGGAGAGGACGGCGGACGCCGAUUCGGCGACGGAGCUGCAGUUCUCCCUCGUGCUGGCGCUGGCUCUUCUGUCCGCACUCUUCCUGCUGAGCGUGGCGCUGGCCGUGCUGGCAAGGAGCCGCCGUGCCGGGCCGCCCGCCGUGCUGCGCUGCCUGGGUGCGCAGCGCCUCUCCGGGACCGGCGCCGCCUUCCCGGCCGACUUCUGCGAGGGCACCUUGCCCUACUCCUACAACCUGUGCGUGGCGCCCGGGCGCGCCGUCGCCGAGAUCGCUUGGCCACCGCCGCCGCUUCCCAGCCUGCCAGCGGAGGAGCUUCUCUGUGGGGAGUCCCUAGGAGAGCGAAGCCUGACCAGCAGCGCCGUCGUGGGAAAACCGCCAGUGGAUCUCGACGUCCCUCAGAAGCGGGAGCAAUGCAGGGUGAUCCAGAUCAGUCUGCGGAGUGCAGGGGAAAAGUCCGACGCGGACUGGGGGCAGAACGCGCGCGUGCGGUAUCGGCUGUCGGAGGGGCGGGUGCGGGGCGCGCCGCUCUCGUCGUACGUGUCGGUGCAGGCGGAGACGGGCGCGCUGUACGCGCUGCGCUCGUUCGACUACGAGGAGGUGCGCGAGGUGCGGCUGUGGGUGUGGGCGGAGGACGGCGGCGCGCCGGCGCUGAGCAGCAACGUGUCGGUGCUGCUGGAGAUCGUGGACGAGAACGACAACGCGCCGCAGGUGCUGUACCCGCCGGCAGCGGCGCCUUCUGCGGCGGUCUCGGGCUGGUCGGGCGUGGAGCUGGUGCCGCGUUCGGCGGAGCUUGGGGCGUUGGUGGCCAAGGUGGUGGCGGUGGACGCGGACGCGGGGCAGAACGCGUGGCUGUCGUACGAGCUGGCCAAGGCGACGGAGCCGGGGCGGUUCCGCGUGGGGCUGCACAGCGGCGAGGUGCGCACGGCGCGCUUCCCGCUGGCCCGCGACGCGUCUCGCCAGAGCCUGGUGGUGGUGGUGAAGGACCACGGGCGGCCGGCGCUGUCGGCCACGGCCACGCUGACGGUGGUGCUGGCCGAGAGCGUGGCCGAGCUGCUCUCGGAGCUGGGCAGCGCCGCGGCGGCGCCGGGCGAGCCGGCCGCCAGCCUCACGCGCUGGCUGGUGCUGGCCGUGUCGGCCCUGUCCUGCCUCUUCCUCGCCUUCCUGCUGCAGCUGCUGGCGGCGUCUGGCAGCGCCUUCUUGCGCGGUGUCCCGGCCUCGCAGUUUGUGGGCAUCGACGGCGUCCGAGCCUUCCUGCACUCGUACUCGCACGAGGUUUCUCUCACCGCCGACUCGCGCAAGAGCCAUCUCCGCUUGUCCUCUGGCAGCUGCUGCGACACCCUCCCGACCCGUCUGCCUCCUAACGAUCCCGAGCCGCUACUCGGGUAUGACCCUGAAGCCUCCCGGUGCGCGGACCCCACCAUUCCCCCGGUGAGUUCCUCUCAGGAGCCUUUCUCCACGCCACUUUCUUCGUUCUGCUGCUCCUCUGUGUCUUGUUGCUGCGUGCUGGUGCCUCUUGCUCCCAGGAGGAGAACAUGGGAUGUUAUGACAGAGGAGCCAUCGAGGAGAGGGGUUAUGCUGGACCUUGUCCUCACCAACAAUGAGGGGCUAGUGGAGAAUGUGAAGCAUGAGGACAGCCAUGGUUGCAGUGACCAUGAAAUGCUGCAGUUUGAGAUACUUACGUGUGCCGAGAGGAGGCUGCGGGCGCCGCUGUUGACCGAGGAGGAGCGAGAGGAAGGCCAGAGCGCUGCCGCCGUCCCCUCCCGUUGCAGCCAGACUCUCUCGCUCGCGGACUGUCUGCCUCCGCGGCCGGACCGUCUGCCAGCUUCCCCGCUGUGCGGAGCCGUGCUGCAGCGAAACGGAGGGGCGACCAGGAACGGGAGACAGUGA